AUGUCUGAGGUUUCACUCCCGUAUACCCAGCUUCGGGUAGAUUCGCCAAGGAUUCCAGAUUUUUGGCUUUACCGUUGUCUGCGGAGAUUCAGCGGAUUCCUUGCACAUAUAUUAGCACUUGGGUUUACAGUCUUCUUAAUAGUUCUUGCUCGACCUGGAACUAGUAAGUGUCCCGACAAUCUCCUGCGCCAGCAGCCCUGCCGCCUCAGCUAUCACACACACGCGCCCAGCGGCUCCUGCAGUGUGAUAUAUGUGGUAAAAAAUGCUAAUUUUGACAAAAAUCACAUUGAUCGUUAUGUUUAUCUUUUUUCCUUAUAGUUUUGCCUUUGUAUGACAGAAGCUGUAUUGCUGUUAUCGCCAGAGACUUCUCCUCUCUGUCCUCUAUCUCGCAAGUCUAAGACUCGACUUCAUUGGCUCCUACAGCUGUGUGUGCCGAUCUUAGCAGGAAUAGGAAUAUCCUUCAUUGUUUGCAGUAAAAACGUCAGUGAACAGCCACACUUAACCUCAUGGCACAGCAUUCUCGGUCUAGUUACUUUGAUAGCCACGUGUGGUCAGACUGUGUGUGGGUUUGCCCUUCUCUGUCCCCGGUUGGCCCGAGUGACUGCAGUAUCCCGUCUCAAGCUGUACCAUGCCACUUGUGGCCUUUUGAUAUAUCUGCUUGCAAUGGCCACUGUUCUUCUAGGUUUGUAUUCAAACUGGUUUCGGGCUCAAAUUAAGGGGUACGCAUGGUACAUUUGCCUUCUCUUGCCUCUCUACCCUUCAUUAGUGAUCAUGAACCAAGUGUUGAACAUAUACUUACCAAAGAAGAAAGGUCAAACAUGAAUCACAGAUCAUCUUCCUGCAACCUUAUGUGUCAUUGUUAAUAACAAACACAGAAGAUUGAUGACGCUUUUUUCUGACUUCAUACAAAGAUUUAUGCUACGGUACUGUACAAUUUGGAGCUGUUUGAACAAAUAAGUGUGGUUUGGAUUUGUUGUUACCAAAUUUUAAAGCUGAACUCUAGGCAAUCAACUA